GGCCCUUCUUCUUGCAGCAUAUGCGGAUUGGCCACGCAGCUCACAAGCACAUCUCGGCGCCUUGGCUGCAGACUGGAUCGGUCCUCGCGCAAAAACACCUAUCAGCAAGGAGCACGAAAAAGGCCCAUCAGCAACCAUGAGUGCGAUCGAGCUGAUCAACCCGCGCGCAGAGUCCGUCCGGCGCACGCAGGCGCUGCAGGUCAACACUGCUGGCGCAGUCGGUUUGGCCAACGUGGUCAAGUCCAACCUCGGGCCGCGUGGGACAAUCAAGAUGCUUGUCGACGGCUCAGGGAACCUCAAGAUGACCAAGGACGGCAAGGUCUUGUUGACGGAGAUGCAGAUUCAGAAUCCCACCGCUGCGAUGAUCGCCAAAACGGCUGUCGCACAAGAUGACCAGUGCGGCGAUGGGACGACCAGCGUCGUGCUGCUCGUGGGAGAGCUACUCAAGCAGGCCGAGCGAUACAUUCAGGAGGGGGUACAUCCGCGAGUGCUUGGCGAGGGUUUCGACGUGGCAAAGAAGGGAGCGUUGGAGUUUCUCGAGAAGUUUAAACAGGCGCCCAAGAUGGACCGUACAACCCUCAUCUCGGUCGCUAAGACCUCUCUCAGCACCAAGCUCCACUCGAAGCUUGCCUCACAACUGGCAGCCGACGUCGUCGACGCCGUUCUCGCUAUCCGGCCGUCUGUCUCAACGGAGAUGGAGGCACCUGCGCCAACCGGCGAGACCCCGGAAUCGGAAGAUAUUUCAGAAUGGAAGAUCAAGGAUCCGAUCGACCUGUUCAUGGUAGAGAUCAUGAAGAUGCAGCACAAGACCGAGACCGACACGCAGCUCGUGCGUGGCCUGGUCCUCGAUCACGGAGCGAGACAUGCGGAUAUGCCGAAGCGGGUGGAGAAUGCAUAUGUGCUCACGCUGAACGUCAGCUUGGAGUACGAAAAGACAGAGGUCAACUCGGGCUUCUUCUACUCUUCUGCCGAUCAACGAGAGAAGCUGGUCGAGUCGGAACGGAGAUUCGUGGACGCCAAGCUGAAGAAGAUUGUCGACUUUAAGAACGCAGUGUGCGACGCGCCGACGGACGGCAGCUCGAAAGAGAAGCCAAAGAACUUUGUCAUAUUCAACCAAAAGGGGAUCGACCCGCUCUCGCUGGACGUGCUCGCCAAGAAUGGCAUUCUCGCGCUGCGCAGGGCGAAGCGGAGGAACAUGGAGCGCCUGCAGCUUUGUUGUGGCGGAGUUGCGCAGAACAGCGUCGACGACCUCACGCCAGAGAUCCUCGGGCACGCGGGCCUGGUGUACGAACACACUCUCGGCGAAGAGAAGUUCACUUUUGUUGAGGAGGUCAAGGACCCGAAGAGUGUCACGCUGCUGAUCAAAGGCCCAAAUGCACACACCAUCAACCAGAUCCAGGACGCGAUCCGCGACGGCUUGCGGUCCGUCAAGAACGCGGUUGAGGACGCGACCCUUGUCCCCGGCGGCGGGGCGUUUGAGGUGGCGUGCGCGGCGCACUUGAGCGAGUCGACCAAGAAGCUGGCCAAAGGGCGCGCGAAGCUGGGCGUGCAGGCGUUUGCCGACGCGAUGCUCGUAAUCCCCAAGACGCUCGCGCAGAACGGCGGGUUCGACGUGCAGGACGCGAUCGUCGCCCUGCAGGACGAGUACGCCGAGGGUCACAUUGUCGGACUCGACCUCACGAGCGGCGAGCCGUUCGAUGUUGUUGGCGAGGGUGUGUGGGAUAACUACCGAGUCAAGAGGCAUAUGUUGCACAGCUGCUCGGUCAUUGCAACCAACCUGCUGUCGGUCGACGAGGUGCUGCGCGCGGGCCGGAGUUCGCUGAAAAGCGAGGCGCCUGGUAUGGGCUAGGCGCGCAGCCCGCGAUGUAUGUAUGUAUGUAUGCAUGUACGUACCCAGGUAGCUCACGCAAAGGCGACAUACAUGGUGAUCUGCCGUCUGUCGGCAUAUACUGUGCUGUGUCCUCUCCGUCGCGAUGCGGGAGCUCGGAGCGACCGGACGACUCGGACUGCCGACGACUAUGACCAAGUGCCCAACGAGGUGCGCAGCGUUGCGGGCGCAUCUCACUUCCUGGGCAGGGGAACCCUUGGCUCGGCGUGACUGGUGGUCGGGCGGCCAGCAAAUGUGCGUGUUUGCUGCAUACGGCAGCGGUGUUAGCAGCUGCGCCUAUUCGCACGCAUUGUUCAUUGCCGCCGCUUUCUGCGCUGACGACGAGAAGGUGUAUUUACUUGCAUCGACGAGGGUUGUGAACCCAGGCCGCUUCGUUCUGCCGCUCAAAG